CGUAUGGCGAAUCCAAUAGUCUGCACACGUGGCUGAUACUAGUAUGCUGGGAUACUGGAAGCGUUUGCCUUCAUGUACAUUGAUUGUGUCCAGAGUAGGCAAUCGAGCGAUCUGAGAGAGCCACAUCUCUCGGUCUAAAGCUGGCAGUGCCCUGUAAGCAGCUGUCUAGAGCCGUUCCCUUGUCACUAGUGGAGAGUUGUCUCGGCACUAACGUCAACUAAAAUCGGUUUACGCCGUAUUGGCGGUGGGAGACAAGUGACCCGAAGGGCGACCGAACUGGCUGCAGUAGCGUCGCAGCCUGCCGGUGUGGCUUGACCCCAGGAUUACAGCCGGUUUGUAUAAGAGCAGAUGAUGCCUCUGUUGAAAUCUAGUCUACGUGAAUGUUCAAUUGAGUUAGUCAAAGUAGCCAACCUUCUUUUCUUCUACCACAAUGCGCGUCGCUAGCCUUUUGCCUCUUCUGGCUGUGACGCCUGUUGCAACUGCUACCUUGAAUGUUGACGAAAACCAGCUUACUUCCCGCGACUUGGUGGCCAUUGAGAGAUCUAUCCAGGCUCGUGGGCUCGCCAAUGAUAUUUGGAACAAGAUUAAGAAUGCUGCCACCUGUACAGGCUGUCAGGGCAUCCUCCUGCUUCUCAAAGGCCUCGCUGCCCUAGGCGAUGGUGCUUUCGUGGGCGUUGUUCAAGACAUCUGCAAGCUUGCCAAGGUACAAGACGCCGAUAUUUGUACCGGUGCCGUUGCCCUAGAAGGACCAAUCAUUGCCAGGGCCAUCAGAGACAUGAAGCUCGGUUCCAGAACCUCUAAGCUUUUCUGCAACUCCCUUUUGGGACUUUGCGCAGAUCCCGGUAUUGCGCAGUGGUCGGUUCCUUUCCCAUCCCCCAAACCUGCAGGCGGAAGGCCAUCUCCAAGCGGUCAGCCUCCACUGAAGAUUGUUCACUUCUCUGAUAUUCACAUUGAUGAACACUACACACCUGGAUCCAAUACUCAGUGCAACAAGCCCAUCUGCUGCAGAGCUUACACCAAGGAUGAUGCACCAGGCGUGACUAAGAAUCCCGCCGGCCCCAACGGUGACCACAAAUGCGACUCUCCCCUCAGCCUUGAGGAGAGCAUGUACAAGGCGAUUGCUGAUCUCGUUCCUGAUGCUGCUUUCAAUGUCUUCACUGGUGACAUUGUUGAUCACACCAUUUGGAAUACAUCCAUUCCUGCGAACACAGAAGCUAUCAACAAUGCGUACGGUUUGAUGGAAACCCACCUGGGCACUGUCUAUGGCACAAUCGGUAACCAUGAGCAGAGCCCUGUCAAUGGCUUCAUGACCAAUGCCAUGGGAAACAACGCUCAAUGGCUGUACAACUUAGCUGCCGGCCUUUGGUCUGGUUGGACGGGUCCAAGUGCGACGGAUAACGUCAAGAAGAUUGGCGCAUACUCCGUCAAACACCCUGAGCGCAACAUCCGGGUCAUUUCCCUAAACACCAACAUGUACUAUAAGCUGAACUUUUUCUUGUACCAAAAGAACAUGGAGCAGGACCCCAACGGCCAACUCGCAUGGUUGGUUAAGGAACUUGACGCCGCUGAAAAGGCUGGUGAGAACGUCUACAUCAUCGGCCACAUGCCCAUGGGCGACAGCGACGCUUUCCGUGACGGUUCCAACUACUUUGACCAGAUCGUAAACAGAUAUUCCAACACCAUCGCCGCCCUGUUUUUCGGACACACUCAUGUCGAUCACUUCGAGAUCUCGUACUCUGAUUAUUCCAAGCGUACCUUUUUCAAUGCAAAGGCCAUGUCGUACAUCUGCCCUUCGCUGACACCUACUUCCGGCAUGCCUUCUUUCCGCGUUUACGACGUUGAUCCUGUGACGUUUGGUGUCCUCGACAGCACUACUUACAUUGCCGACAUGACAGACGCAGCCUUCCAGACCACAGGGCCUGUUUGGAAGAAGUACUACUCUGCUAAAGAGGCCUACGGUGCUGUUCUGCAGCCUCCUGUGACUGACGCCAACGCCGAGCUGACUCCCGCUUUUUGGCACAAUGUCACUGUAGCGUUUGAGCAAGACCAAACCCUCUUUGACACCUACAUUGCGCACAAGAGCCGUGGAUGGCAGCCGGGUUCCUGCACUGGCGACUGCAAAACUAACGAAAUCUGCCAGCUUCGUGCUGGUCGCGGCCAAGACAACUGCUUUGUUGCUAAGCCUGGUUUCAAUAUUGCGAAACGCGGCGCUGAGACUGACGACAGCGGCAAGCAUGACGAGUGUGGCACCUCGGUUGGUAUGGCUGCCUUUGCCAGCUUGGUUCAAGACAAGAGCGUGCUUGAUUAUUUGCAAGCCAAGUUCAACGAGCUUGGUGCGACCCUCGAGGACGAUAUCAACAGCCUUGAUGAUCUUCAGAUGGACGAGUGAGUCGAACAGUGAGUUGACGAAAUACUUGAUGUAUAUAGAUGGGAUGAUGUAUUUUAUGCGUUGCAUAAUUGGCGUGCAUGUAGAGUAGAGCGGGUUUGGUGUUGACGAGCACAGAGUUGUUGGGUGGUUUGAAAAAGUAACGGUCUUGUUAGCAGACUAUAUUUGCAGUGCAGCUAGCAAUACAUAGCACUAUGCGUGGU